CUGCAUAAUGUGCAUUCUAAUUCUUAAUUUUGGAACGGACACUUCAUUCAAUCAACGAAUCCAAACGUUUCGGACACUUGACGUUUCGGACGUGAAACUUCAUUUUUUUCAUUGAAAACCUUAAAAUAACACUGUUUUGCGGUGUCCAUGUUCAAAUGUCCUGUUUUUCCGCGUCCGUGUCCGUGCUAUCUAAUUUCAGGAAAGUGGAAACUCAUUUUUUUGUUGGUUUUCUUGAAAAUGAUUAUUAGAAAGAAAUGGCAAUCCAUGAAGAUGUAGAAAAUCGUGAUGGAAGCUUGUUGGAGCCAUUUAUUGGGGAAAAGAAGGAGAUUGGUAAGAAAAAUGGUAAAACUCUCGGAAUGGUUUUUCUCAGCACUGGUAUUGCAGUUUGUGGGUCUUUUAUAUUUGGUUGUUGUGUUGGAUAUUCUGCGCCUACCCAGUUUGGUAUUAUGGAUGAGCUUAGCCUUUCAUAUUCUGAGUAUUCAGUCUUUGGAUCCAUCCUAAACAUAGGUGCUAUGAUUGGUGCAGUCACAAGUGGGCGAAUCGCGGACUUUAUCGGCCGGAAAGGGGCUUUGAGGAUGUCACCAUUCAUAUGCAUGGCGGGAUGGAUUGCGAUCUACUCAUGCCAAGGAUCUCUAUUGCUUGAUUUUGGCAGAUUUUUAACCGGAUAUGGCAUCGGUGUUAUUUCCUAUGUGGUACCUGUUUUUAUUGCUGAGAUCACUUCCAAAGAACUUAGAGGAGCAUUAGCAUCUGCAAAUCAGUUCUUCAUUGUUGUUGGAAUAUUGGUAAUCUAUUCAUUAGGUGCACUUGUUGAAUGGAGGAUCCUUGCCCUAACAGGAACCAUCCCAUGUUUUUUUGUGAUUGUUGGUCUUUAUUUCAUUCCAGAGUCUCCCAGAUGGCUGGCAAUGGUUGGUCAGCAGGGCGAGUUCGAAUCAUCACUUCAGAAACUGAGAGGAUCUAAUGCUGACAUUUCUCAAGAAGAGAGUGACAUUAUGGAUUCUUUAGGCCUUAUCAGAACACUCCCAAAAGUAACCGUACUCGACUUGUUUCACACACAAAACAUCUGAUUUGUCAUUGUUGGAGUUGGAUUGAUGAUGUUUCAACAAUUUGGUGGAAUAAAUGGAAUUAUUUUCUAUGCUGACCAAAUUUUUGCAUCAGCAGGAGUUUCUCCAAGUAUAGGAAGUAUUCUUUACUCUGGAUUGCAGGUUUUUGUCACAGCAUGUGCUGCAACCAUAGUCGAUAAAGCUGGAAGAAGACCACUUCUAAUAAUUUCUGCUUGUGGAUUGCUUCUGAGCAAUCUGUUGAUUGGAACUUCCUUCUUAUUAAAGGGACAAGGCUUAGCUCUCGAUCUGGUUCCAAUCCUAGCAAUCACCGGUGUCAUGCUUUAUAUAGCCUUCUUUUCAAUAGGAAUGGGAGCAAUUCCUUGGGUUCUAAUGUCUGAGCUGUUUCCAUUGCAUCUAAAGGGAAUUGCAGGGAGUUUGGUGACAUUGGUAAACUGGUCUGGUGCAUGGUUUAUAUUAUUCACCUUCAAUUUUCUUAUGAGCUGGAGUUCUUCCGGUACAUUUUUCUUGUAUGCUUGCGUUUGUGCCUGCAAUAUCUGUUUCAUUGCCAAAUUGGUGCCCGAAACGAAAGGCCGAACACUCGAAGAGAUUCAAGCAUCUGCAGAUUAGUUCGAAUUGAAUAGCAGAAAUAGAUUCAUGAACAAGAAAAUAGCCAAGCUUCUGUUGAGUGAUAGAACACACAUGUAUAUGGUGAAAUAGGCCGUCUGCAGUUACUUGUUGUACAAGAAAUUAUAAACAAGUGUAAAACUAGUUUAAAAAAUCCAUUAGAUAGAAACUAUCCUUUCGAGCUCAGAGAUUUUUGUAUAUUUUUUCCUCGAAAAGUUCGGAAAUCAUACGUACCGAAUGACAGUCUUUUUUGUUUUA